GUGCGGAUGUGCUAAAUGUACGAAUACUUACAGAUAACAACCAAAAUCUAAUAACCGUCCUUGUUUAAACUUCUUUAGAAUAAUUAUAACUUUCGUUGCGUAUAAUAAACAAACUUUCAGCUUUUUAUCACCUUUUUAAACUAAAAUGUGUAAUAGCUUGUACUCUUUACAGUAACUUACAUAUUUCUUAACAUGGUCACUUUUCUGUUAUAGGAUAUUCUAUUGAUUCAGCAAUAAAGUUUUUUAUAAUGAUGCUUUAAAAUCAAUACAAACUUGAAUAUUAAAGUAUGGAAACAUUACCCACAGAGAUUCUCUCCCAUAUUUUCUUCUAUCUGGACAUUUCAAGCAGAAAAGAUGCAGCUUGCGUAUGCCAGACAUGGUAUUGUGCAUCACUUCACCCAAAGCUUAUGCAAAGAACCAUGUUCACUUUUGAUGUUUCAACUUUAAAUGAAGAGAAAUCCAAUAAAAUAACAUUCUGUGACUUAAUUUGCAAAUCUCCAAAUGUUUCUCUUGUUGGUUUAGAUGAAAACUUAAACGCAAAAUUGUUCAUCAAACUACAUAAAGAAGGAAUGCAGGUAUUGGGUAAACAUGUUGAACAACUUUCUCUCAAGCAUUCAAAUAUUCUCGAUGGUACCUUGCUCCAAAUAUUGAGUUUCUGUGAAAAUUUACAGGGCCUUGACUUAACUGGUUGCAAUUCCAUCUUCAUGGCUUGUAGAUCCCCACUGUUCCAACAUCUCACUUCUUCAUGUAGAGAAUUAAAAAUCUUGAGAAAUCUAAAAAAACUUAAUUUAUCUUCAUCACGUUACUUGAACAACAACAUUAUGAGUAGGAUCGCCAUCUUGUGUCCAAACAUUGAAUCACUUUCUCUUGCCUCCACCAAUAUUUUGUUUAGUUUAACUGGUUUAUCGAAAACAAGUCUCUUACUUUUCAUUCAAUAACUUCAAUGAUCAAACCAAAUCAUUUGGUUCAUAUUGAUUUGAGUCGGACAUCCAUUGUUUCCAGUGCAUUGUCUACACUUGCUUGUAUUAAAGGCCUUCAGUUAAAGCAAGUGAUCUUAGAAGGCUGCAGGUUAGUUUCUAGUUAUUCACUUCAUUAGUUAUUGGA